AUGGCAGCCACCACAGGCUCCGGAGUAAAAGUCCCUCACAAUUUCCAACUGUUGGAAGAGCUCAAAGAAGGUCAGAAAGGAGUAGGAGAUGGCACAGUUAUCUGGGGUCUAGAAGAUGAAGACAUGACACUUACAAGAUGGACAAGGAUGAUAAUUGGGACUCCAAGAACAAUUUAUGAAAACCGAAUAUACAGCCUUAAAAUAGAAUGUGGACCUAAAUAUCCAGAAGCACCCACCUUACUAAGAUUUGUAACAAAAACUAAUAUGAAUGGAGUUAAUAAUUCUAAUGGAGUAGUGGACCCAAGAGCCAUAUCAGGGUUAACAAAAUGACAGAAUUCAUAGAGCAACAAAGUUGUCCUGCAACAGCUUCAGUGCUUAAUGAUGUCUAAAGAAAAUAUGAAACUCCCUCAGCUGCCUGAAGGACAGAGUUACAGCAAUUAA